AUGGGUUGGCCAUGGGAGUUCCUCACUCUAACCGACGAUGAAAAACACCAACGUCGCCUAAGUCUCGAUAAAUACGCCUACAUCGCUCAUCUUUCUGCAUUCGUGCCAGCGCUUUUAUUCGUUCUCUUCCGUCUCAUCAACCGCGUCCGACAGAGCCGUAACAGUGGAUAUCAGCAAGUUCCCGGCUCACCCAGCGCCAAGGCGAACCGACAGAGAUGGAUCUCCAGAGUUAUAGGAAAAGGACCCAUGAUCAAGUGGUGGCUCGGCGAAGAUGUCUGGUUCAUGGGGAGUCACUGGGGUCAGCGUGAUGAGUGGAUUUUAGGUAUUGCGUGGACUGCUUGGUUAUUGGCCUUGAGUAUUCAUGGUACAGGAAAAGAUUAUCUUCAUCUCACGAAACGGCUUGGAAUUGUUGCGACAUCUCAGAUGCCUAUACAGUACCUCCUUGCUCUCAAGGCGAUCAACCCUUUUGCCUUUGUCCUCCGUUCAUCUCACGAGCAUAUCAACCGCUACCAUCGUGUACUGGGCCGUAUCAUCUACUUUCUCCUGAUUCUUCAUGCAAUUCUUUACAAUGUCUUCUUCAUAGAGUCAGCAAUAUGGCUCAAGCGUUUCUUCGCUCCUAUUGUCUUUGCAGGCGUUGCGGGCCUCAUCGUCAUGCAUGCCCUCAACGGCACAGCCAUGGCUCGUGUUCGACAGCAGUCAUAUCGAGUAUUCUUCAUCGUCCAUCUUCUUUCAGCUUUCUCUAUCCCGCCUUUGAUCUACUACCAUGCGCCAUCGUCGCGGUUCUACAUCGGUGAAGCAAUUGGCGUAUUCGUCGUGGACCUUGCUGUGCGAAAGAUGAUCACCAUCACAGCCCCUGCUGUCGUCGAGGCGAUACCUGGCACAAGCCUUGUCAAAGUAUCUGCUACUAUGCCCUCUCACAAGAUUGCCCAAUACGCCGCCCGUCCUGGAUCACAUAUUUACCUCAAUAUUCCUCCAGCCUCUCGUCCCGGCACUGGCCAGUUCUCUGCACCACAUCUCGUUUUUGAGUUUUUGUAUAAUCCAUUUACAGUAGCGUCCACGAACCAAGAGACGGGCGAACUGACCUUUGUUGCACGUACGAGGACCGGCCCCAUGACGAACCAGCUGCAUCACCUCUCUUCCAGCACCAGCAGUGGAGCGUCGGCUGAAAAGGUCGAGCUUAACAUUGAGGGUCCUUACGGUACUAUAGGAAAGACGUUCAGCGAUCUCAUUACAUCAAACAUAAACCGUGUACUCAUCGUGGCUGGAGGUGUAGGAGCGAGUUUUGCCGUACCGCUUUACCACGCUGUCAACGCGGAAAACUCCAUUGCACAUGUCCAGCUUAUCUGGGCCAUCCGCAGUGCCGGCGAUGCUACAUGGGCUUCCUCAACCCCUACCGGAAAGUCCAUUCUCGAUGAUGAUCAGGUGCAGCUAUUUCUUACAGGUGACAUGGGUGUUGCCAACGACAGUGAUAACGCUGCCGGUGUUGAGAUGAACGACAUGGCGCAACAACCAACUCGCCCUGCCGUACGAAACAACAAAAGACCAGAUUUCCAAAAGAUCGUUGAUGAUACGUUCCGAAAGUCGCAGCAAGAAAACGUUGCCAUUCUGGUCUGCGGCCCUACCGAAAUGGUCAGAGAACUGCGCAAGAGUGUCAUGCCUUGGGUGAUGAAGGGACGUAAUGUUUGGUGGCAUAAUGAAAGCUUUGGGUGGUAA